AUUCCAAUGCUUUUCCCAUUUAGCGGCCGGGAUAAAUGAGAAUCUCAAACUUCAUUAGCAGAUAGAUGAGCAGUGGGAAUCUCUGUGUUCAUUAGCAGAUAGAUGAGCAGCAUGGAAAUAUCUAGCGGCAAGCUUCGAAAAGGUUCUCCAUAUCAUUCAGAGAAUAUGUGCAAGCAAAAAGGAAAGGAUGGGAUUAUUGCUUGAAAAGAAGAUCCUUCCUUUGCACAGAAUUUACAAGUUAAUUACUACCUAGUAACCUAGUUUGUACUUAACACAAAAAGGACUAUGCAUGGUUGCUUACCACCAGCGGCAACUUGGCCGCACGACAGAAAAGAGGAGGAGGACAGGACUAAGCAAAGAAAGCCCUAAGCAAUCCUCCAAGCCAAACUACAUAUUUUGGGUAUUGUUAUUAUUGUGCUGGUGUUCUCUGGGAGGGCAUGGCAAAACAAAUAUUUUUUAUAGCAAUUUAUUUGGUCGCCAGGAUGGCAAAUUCCUUCAGGCCUUGUUCGUUUAAUCCUCCUCCCAAGAGGAUUGGAGUGGAUUGGAGAGGAAUUUGGCUUGUAGGGGAUCUAAUCCCCCUCAAUCCCUGCCAAUCCCCCUCACAAACCACCUCAACCGAACAAGGCCUCAGGAAGCACGGCCAAAUCCUGGCGAAAACUAAACUGGGCGGGUUUGCCAUCCUCGCUAAAGAAAGCUGUCAUCCGUGGACAGCAUAAAAUUGCUGUGCAAAUCGUUCGCAAUUGCCAUGCUUCCCAGCAAACGCUCGCUUGCUAAACCGGUCCGUGAUUUUUAACAUAGGUUAUGUAUUGCUCUAAGCGUAAUUAAUUAGCGGCAAUAUUUGUUCCUGAUGGAGGAAUUCAACCUCUCUCUCUUUCCUUUUCCCUUCAUCCAAUCUCUUUGCCAUUUGUACGCUUUGCCUUUGCGGCUUUGCUCUUUUGUUUUUCCAUUCCACAGACAUACACAUCGGCCGGCCGUCCAAAGCUCCACAUGACAGGCACAGAGAGAAAGAGAGAGCCAUGUGCGACUGUGCAUCCUGCUCAAUCCUAUGACUACUCAUGCAUUGAGCUUUCUCUCUUUACUUACCUUACCUCCAUCUGUAACCCUAAUCUUCCUUUAAAGGCAAGCGUUGCUGCUACACAUAAUACAUGUAGUAACAUGCAUCUUCUCUCUGGUCACUGUCACUCCACUCACGCCUUGCUUUCCCUUUUUAAUCAUCCAGAUCAAAUUGGAUACCACUCUAUGUAAGUAUGCAUGCAGCUUUGGCACAAAACCUUUGAUGAUUCAGCACAGCAGCAGUCGUUCAACACAACACACAAUCCUAGCCGUUGAAAGGGAAACGAGUAAGCAGUCAAAAUUAAUUAGCAAGCCGUUUUGUUUGGCCACAAAAUUACUCAGGUGGUAGUAGUUAUUACUCCCUUUGUAAAGAAAUAUAAAAGUGUUUAGUUCACUACUUUAGUAAUCUAAACGCUUUUAUAUUUUUUUUACGGAGGGAGUGGUUUUUUUAACCGAGUAGCCGUAGAUUGCUUAGUCGUUAGUCAUGUGGGGUCGAUAAAAAUAUAGGAGGUCAACCGGGGUCAAACUCGGGAGUCAUGGCAGGCACAAGUAAAUCAUAUUUCUGUCCAAGCAGAGCGGCUUAGAACGGUCCUAAUUCGGCCAUAAAAAAGCAUGCCCGGGACGUCACUCCGUUGAGAGGGAGUAAAAAAGUAGCACAUCGUUUUCGCUCACGAGCUAAGCUAGCCGAUCCGCGCGCCUAUAUUCAUAGGCGAUCCACGGAAGCGUACGCCACGGACGAUCUCGUGACCCUGCUCGUUCAUGUCCGCAGGAAACCCGGCACAGCUACAGCAGCACUCGUCCGUUGGCGCUCCUUCUUGCCAUCAAGCGGUCCACCGAUGACGCUUGACGGCGGCUUGCCAGUCACCACCGGAGGCGCCGGCGUGCCCAUGGCCGCGGAGAGGGGCGGCGGCGGCGGCGCCCGCGUGGCGCCGGAGGUGGUGGUGGAGCGGGAUGCCGCCGUGGCGACCCCUGCGAUGGAGAGGGACGGCGGCGUGGGUGCCGGCGUGGCGCCGACUGAGGCGGCAGAGAGCGACGGCGGCGGCGGGAGGAGCUGCGGGGAGCAGUGCGUGAUCCGGGUGGCGGAGGAGUGGUGCUGCGCGCGGUGCGUGUGCGUGGGGCCGAACCCGAUGAUGGCGCGGUACGUGUACGCGCUCAUCUUCCUGGUGACCAACCUGCUGGCGUGGACGGUGCGCGACUACGGCCACUCGGCGCUGGGCGAGCUCCGGCGGCUCAGGGGCUGCCAGGGCGCGCGCUACUGCCUGGGCGCCGAGGGCGUGCUGCGCAUCAGCCUCGGCUGCUUCCUCUUCUUCUUCGUCAUGUUCCUGUCCACCAUGAAGACGCGCAAGGUGCACGACUGCCGCAACUCGUGGCACUCCGAGUGGUGGCCCGUCAAGAUCGCGCUCUGGAUGGCCCUCACCGCCGUCCCCUUCUUCGCGCCCUCGCCGCUCAUCCAGCUCUACGGGAAGGUGGCGCAUUUCGGAGCAGGGGCGUUCCUCGUGAUCCAGCUCAUCAGCGUGACCAGGUUCAUCACGUGGCUCAACGACUGCUGCCGAUCGGAGCUCAACCUCAAGAGAUGCCACAUGCAGGUGCUGGUGGUGUCGAUCGUGACGUACGUGGGGUCCAUCCUGGGGAUCGUGCUCAUGUACGUCUGGUACGCGCCCACGUCCGCCUGCAAGCUCAACAUCCUCUUCAUCACCGUCACCCUCGCGCUCGUGCAGAUCAUGACUUUCGUCUCCGUCAACUCCAAGGUGAAGGCGGGGUACCUGGCACCGGGGCUGAUGGGGAUAUACAUCGUGUUCCUCUGCUGGUCCGCGAUCAGAAGUGAGCCGCACACGGAGAUGUGCAACAGGAAAGCAGCGGUCGCGACGAGCGCAGACUGGCUCAACAUCGCGAGCUUCGUGAUCGCGGUGAUCGUGGUCGUGGCGGCCACCUUCUCGACGGGGAUAGACUCAAAGUGUAUCCAGUUCAAGAGCGCCGAGACGGAGUCCGAGGACGACGACAUCCCCUACGGGUUCGGCUUCUUCCACUUCGUGUUCGCCAUGGGCGCCAUGUACUUCGCCAUGCUCUUCAUCGGCUGGAACGCGCAUCAGGAAAUGGAGAAGUGGACGAUUGACGUCGGGUGGGCGAGCACGUGGGUGCGCGUCGGCAACGAGUGGCUAGCGGCGAUCACGUACAUAUGGAUGAUCGUCGCUCCGAUCGUGUGGAAGCGGAGGCAGGUGGGGUCGUCGUCCGCGUGUGCGUGAGCGAACGUUUUAUUCUCGCUCGUGCUAAUUACCUACUGAAGAACAGCUAAUCUACAAGAAAGAAAAGAGAGAAGUAGGGAGCUUGCUUGACUUGACGCUACUUCACUUCCACGACGCAUGGACGGAUGAUGAUGAUGAUGACGACGAUGACGAUGAUCAAGAAGUGUUGGUCGGUCGCUCGUUUUUUGCCCAAGUUGGAGGUAAAAGAGAGGGGGAGAGAAAGGAAAGAGCCGAACGUGUUCCUCUUUGUAUAUAAAAGGCCAAUUUUGCUUUCUGGCCGUUGCAGAUAAAAACUAAUUCUUUUGGAGUUGAGUUGAUUGUAUAUUCUCACUCCGAAAAAAGAAAAAUUACCAAGGAAA